AUGCUGUUUUAUUUAUCUUACCCCUUACCUCUUUUUCUUCCCUGUGAAUAUUUGUGCUUUCCUUUUCUAGAUAGCAACUUUGUCCUUGGAAACGCUCAACUGCCUCAUUCCUACCCUGUGGUGUAUUGCUCGGAUGGCUUCUGUGAACUCACUGGCUUUGCUCGAGCAGAAGUUAUGCAGAGGUCAUGUGCUUGUACCUUUCUGUAUGGCACACAUACCGGGGAGCAAAUUCAGCAUUGUAUCCAGAAAGCCUUGAAUGAUAAACAAGAGCUAAAGGCUGAGCUGCUGCUAUACAAGAAAAGUGGUUCACAGUUCUGGUGCUUGCUGGAUGUUGUACCCAUCAAAAAUGAAAAGGGGGAGGUGGUUCUAUUUCUUGUUUCAUUUAAGGACAUCACAGAUGCCAAGACCAGAAUGACAGAGAGCUGGAAAGAGACAGGAAGGGAAGAGCAGCACAAUCGUUUAACAGGGAAAGGUUUCAAUGCUAAUCGUAGGCGAAGCCGUGCUGUGCUUUACCAUCUCUCAGGUCAUCUACAGAGACAAAAUAGAGCCAAUGCAAAACUUGGUAAAGGUGUCUUUGGUGAGAAACCUCGGGUUCCAGAAUAUAAAGUUGUGUCUAUGCGUAAAUCUCCUUUUAUACUUUUGCACUAUGGACCCUUCAAGGCUUGCUGGGACUGUUUGAUCCUGCUUGCCACCCUCUAUGUAGCGGUGACCGUGCCAUACAGUGUCUGCUUCAGUAGUGCGAAAGAAGAAGGUACUCCAAGUCCACGCAGCCCACCCAGUGCAUGUGAUCUUGCUGUGGAAAUCCUCUUCAUACUAGAUAUCAUUCUGAAUUUCCGCACUACAUUCGUCAGCCAAUCUGGACAAGUGGUAUUCUCCUCACGUCUUAUCUUUAUCCAUUACAUCAGGACAUGGUUCCUGCUGGAUCUUCUAGCUGCUCUGCCUGUGGAUCUGCUCUAUAGCUUCAAAGUCAACAUAUAUUUUGGGGCUCACCUCUUGAAGACUGUUCGCCUACUUCGACUCCUUCGCCUUCUCCCACGAUUAGAUCGAUAUUCUCAGUACAGUGCAGUUGUACUUAGCCUCCUCAUGGUUGUAUUUGCUCUUCUAGCACACUGGGUGGCUUGCAUCUGGUAUUUUAUUGGUCAGCAAGAAAUUGAAAGCAACCAGUCGGAAGUGCCAGAGAUUGGUUGGCUUCAAGAGCUGGCCCGUCGUUUGGAAACCCCUUACUACAUGGGAAGAAAAAUAGGAGGGCCAUCUUCCAGGAGUUCAUACAUCACAUCCUUGUACUUUGCACUCAGCAGUCUAACCAGUGUUGGGUUUGGGAAUGUUUCUGCUAAUACAGACACUGAGAAAAUCUUCUCCAUCUGUAUCAUGCUGAUUGGAGCCCUGAUGCAUGCUCUGGUGUUUGGAAAUGUCACAGCUAUCAUCCAGCGUUUGUAUGCAAGGCGCUUCUUGUAUCACAGCCGUACUCGGGAUCUUCGAGAUUAUAUCCGUAUCCAUGGCAUCCCCAAACCUCUAAAACAGCGCAUGCUGGAAUAUGUUCAGACCACGUGGGCAGUGAACAAUGGCAUUGACACUAAUGAGCUCCUGCACAGUCUUCCAGAUGAAUUGCGAGCUGACAUUGCCAUGCACCUCAACAAGGAUCUGUUGCAAAUGCCACUGUUUGCCCUUGCCAGCCGUGGAUGCCUGCGUUCUCUGUCAUUGAAUAUUAAACCCUCCUUCUGCACGCCUGGAGAGUAUCUGAUCCGACAGGGGGAUGCUCUGGAAUCUUUAUACUGUGUGUGCUCAGGAUCCAUGGAAGUGCUCAAGGAUGGUGUUGUCCUAGCAAUAUUAGGUAAAGGUGACUUGAUUGGCUGUGAGGUCUCCUGUGAAGACUCUGUGAUUAAAGCUAAUGCAGAUGUCAAAGCUUUGACUUACUGUGACCUUCAAGGGAUCAGUCUGAAGGGUCUUCGUGACACUCUGUCACUCUACCCAGAAUAUGCACAUAAAUUCACCGGUCAAAUUGUACACCAGCUCAGCUACAACCUGGGAAGCAGCAGAUGUGAGCCAGAGGUAAGUGAGAGAUAA